AUGGGUGACCGAGUAAGUGAGAAAGCACGAGGAAACUCAGGUCUCGUGUCGUCAUUUGUAAGUGGGGGGAGAGGUUCUGUUCCGACGUCGUUCGACUGCGAUAAGAGCGAGACCGUCGAUCUCGAGAAGUUCAGGAACGAGAUGAGCAAGAUUUCGCUUGCGAUCUCCGAUGGAUUGGGCUCGCCGCCGAUUCAGAUGGCUCUUGAAGACGAUGAUCAGAGUUUCCUCAACAAGGCUGUAGAUCUUGAAGCUUCUAAGCUUUCUCAGGCUUCCUGA